CACGGGUCUGCAGCGACCACUUCAUCAGAGGUAUUAGCUAACUUGGUUUUUGUGGCUUUGUUUAGGUAUUAUUGGGUUGUGGUUAAAUGCGUAUUUACUUAGUAAUACUGAUCAUGUUUAAGUUACCUGUAGUCUAAUAUGGACUUUGUUGGGACUUUUUAGGGUGCCCUAGCGCUUUGGGUGACUUUGAGUCGGUAGACUGGGCUCCCACUGUUAGCCUCGGUUACCACACAACAAGUAAGCCCAGAUCAGAGGCAUCUCUUCGACGAGAGCAGAGGAUGGAGCUCAAGGAAGACCAACAAAGACAAUCAGAAUGUGCAGAGGCUUUGUUGGAUCUCCUGCAGACAACCGAGAGCCCAGAACCGACGCAGCCCCCGUCUGACAGCCCACAACCAGAGGACACCAGUGGGAUAUUAAAUGACCAACAAGAUGCAGGAUGCCAGACUGAUUUAACGAUGGAGGACAUCGAGAGGAUGGAGGAUGUUCUGAGACAGAACACAACAGAGCUGGGAGAUCUUCGGACAACGGCACUGGACACAAAGUUCAACCAGGAGUCCUUUGAGAACAACGAAGAGAAAACAAAGUUUUACACCGGGCUCCCCAACUUCUUAGUUUUACUUCAGGUUUUUCAACUGUGCGAGCCCUACAUCACCUGUGGCCCUAUGUCUGUGCUCUCCAAAUUUGAACAGUUCAUUUUAGUUUUGCUGAGGCUGAGACUAAAUCUCCCUCUGAAAGAUUUGGCUUUCAGGUUCAACAUCUCUCUCUCCACUGCUUCUAGAAUUUGGCAUAAGUUAAUUGACAUACUUCACGAGAGUACAGAAUUUAUAAUUGAGUGGCCAGAGCGACAUGUACUUCAAGCUACAAUGCCAAUGGGAUUCAGACAGGCAUUUGGAUGUAGAGUUGCUGUGAUUGUUGACUGUUUUGAAGUUUUUAUUGAGAGGCCCUCUAAUUUACUAGCUAGAGCACAAACAUGGUCCAACUACAAGCAUCACCAUACUGUUAAAUUUCUGAUUGGUGUUACUCCCCAAGGCUAUGUUACCUACAUAUCUUGUGCCUGGGGAGGAAGAUGUGGGAUUUUACUGUGCUUCACUAAAGAUGCCUGCAUUCACCAGGGGGAAAAGUCAGCUGUCAGCAUACGAGGUGGAAGAGACAAGAAAAAUAGCUAA